AAACCCCAAACAGACCAACGAUGGCAUCUUCUCCUCAGCCGUCUACCGUGAUCCAGAUGUCUUCGCCGCAGACCAACAACAACGGCAUAGUAGCAGCACCGCCGACGCCCAAGCUGGGUGGCGGAGCCGACGACGACUCAUCACCAACAACGACGAUCAUGCCGGUGAUGGCAGCAGCAGCAGGCACCGGGACAACAGCAGACAAGGUGAUGGCAAGCGCGUCCAACCUAGCGCAGCUGCUGCCGACUGGCACGGUGCUCGCGUACCAGGCGCUGUCGCCGUCCUUCACCAACCACGGCGCCUGCACGGCGGCCAACCAGUGGCUGACGGCGGUCCUGGUGGGCGUCCUGGCGGGCUUCUCCCUCUUCUUCUCCUUCACGGACAGCGUCGUGGGCCGCGACGGCAAGCUCUACUACGGCGUGGCGACGCCGCGCGGGUUCAACGUGUUCAACUUCUCCGGCGAGGAGGAGGAGCGGGAGUGGGCGCUCGGCCAGCUCCGGCGGCUCCGGCUCCGCCCGCUCGACUACGUGCACGCCUUCUUCGCCGCCGUCGUGUUCGUCACCGUCGCGUUCAGCGACGUCGGGCUGCAGAAGUGCUUCUUCCCUGGCGCUGGUGAAAAUACCAACGAGCUUCUCAAGAAUCUCCCGCUCGGGACGGCGUUCCUGUCGAGCUUCGUGUUCUUGAUCUUCCCGACCACAAGGAAGGGCAUCGGAUACAACGACACCACUCCGCACCAAAAGGCAACAGCAACAUGAGAAUGAGGGGCCGGUGUUUCAAAAGUUCUCAUAUGGUUCGUACGUCUUAAUUAGGAUACAGAUGGUUCGAAUACAAUUCAAAAUUUAGAAUGUGUGAUACAGUUUUGUACAUUAUAUUACCGGCCCGUAUAUAUAUAUUGGUUUAUUAGUUUGUUC